AUGGAUAUUGGUCAGAUUUCUUUCACGGCUGGUACUGGUGUUGGGAAGCAGAUCGCUCAAGCUGCGUCCCGAAGCAAUCUGAAGCGGGUUGCGUCGGAACUGGGAGGUAAAAGUCCGAGCAUUAUUUUCCCCGAUGCAAAGCCAGAUGUGGCCAUUUCAUGGUGCGUGAACAGUAUUCUGCUACUAUCUGGUCAGGUUUUCUUUGCUAGCUCUUGGGUUUAUGUCCAUGAGAGCAUCAAGAAGCAUGUGGUUGAACGGAUGAAAGCGUCGUUUGAAAGCAUGGAUGAAUCCUUUGGUGAUCCACUUCACGAAGAUGUUGAAUUUCCGCCUCUGUUCGACCAGGGCCAUUUUGAUCAGGUGAAGGGCUUUAUUAAUCGCGGCAAAGAGGAGGCAACCCUAGUUACCAGCGGGGAAGCUAUGUUCGCGAAGGUAUGUGUCGUCCAACGCCCAAAGAAGGUGAUCAUGGGCUAA